AUGGCUCAGGUCAGAAAAAGAAAAAGAAUGGCUAUGGAGUUUCCGAUUGAUUUGGUGGAGGAGAUACUUUUGAGGGUUCCAGCACAAUCUGUGGUUCGGUUGAGAUCAACUUGCAAGCCGUGGAAAACCCUAAUUGUGGACCAUAGAUUCGUCAACAAACACUUCUGGCGCUGGCGUGGCAAAGAACAGCAAUUUAUGCUGGUUAACGACACUCUUCCUUCAUCAUCAGGUUCAAAAAUUUCUUGUGUGGAUAUAGUUUUCAGUGAACUCAAAAACCCUUGUUUGAAUGCUGAGGUUGUUAAACCCAUAUCUUUAUGGUAUUUAUUGGUGUACAAUGUUUACCAUUGUGAUGGUCUUUUGUUAUGGGUCAUGGGAGCUGGACUUUUGGUUUUAAAUCCCUUAUUGAAAAGAAGAUGGAUCAAACGUGUCAAACGUGUCACUAGCUUUGAAGAUACUGAUCAUGCCUAUGGUCUUGGGUACAUUAGUAACCAAGCAUCAAACUGUAAUGAUUACAAAAUGAUUAGGUUUAGUUGCGCUACUCAUAGCAGCCUUCAUUUAUGGGUAUACGAUUUCAAGUCUGAUUGUUAGAAGGCUGCUGUUGAUGAAAACUUUGAUGGGUUCUUCAGUUUACCAUUGUCAAAUGUGUGUUUGAAAGGAACCCCUUAUUGGCUAGGUUUUAUUAAACGCGGUAGUACAAUCUUUUCAAUACAGAGUUUCAAUUUCUUGAAAGAGAGAUUUGAGCCCGUGUUUCUUCCUUCUUCGUUCAUUGAGUCAAUUAGGUGGGGAGAUUUUCUGUCUUUGGGGAUUUUCAGAGGAGAUCACCUUUCUCUGUUACAUCAAUCCAAGCUAACACGUAAAAUACACUUUUGGGUGAAGGAGAAGCAGCAUUGGAACAUGUUGAUGACAGUUGUUAUACCUGAACUUACCAUGUUUCGUAUAUAUUCAAGUUACUUCGAUGAAAACAAUGGUAAGCUUGUGAUAUGUGGUCGUCACUAUGAAACCGGGUCUGUUAGCAUCUUCACUGCAGGGGAGUCUGAAGAGUUCCAAAAAUUUGAAUAUCGCCCUUGGAUGAGUCGUACAAUCGGUGGUUGCUACUAUGUUCCGAGCUUGCUUCAGGUUCCGGGCACUUCUAGGUGA